UAUUGUGUGUUUUCAAUUUCAUAUAAAUUGUUUCCGAAUUUCUAUUUCACUCAUCCAAAAAAAAAAACUUUAGUCAUUAGCAUACAUAAAAUUUGCCAUCAAAUUUCAAUUCAAUCAUAAUUAAUUUGUAUGAGUGUUUUAUCUCAAAAACAAAUCCCCUUGAUUGAUUUACUGCCCAUCAACAAAAACAUUCGAACAAUUAAAAAAAUCACCCUAAUUAAACGUUUAGUGUGUUUUGUCUUGUAGAUCAAUUUCAAAAGAACAGCAGUAUUUAAUCAAAUUUUCAUCAAGUUUUUGUUGUGGAAUAAUUCGAAAAGAAACUAUUGAGCCAUGUUCAAACAGCUUCUUUGUCGUUUUUUCCAGCAAGGAGCUUGUGCUUAUGGUGAUGGUUGUCUGUAUUCACAUAAUCCAAACGAAGCAGUACCUAUUCCCGAAGAUGUAUGCAUCUUUUUUCUUCGUUCAAAUUGUAUGUAUGCACAAGGUUGUUCAAGAAAACAUUGUACCAUAGAGGAAAUUGUUCAACAACGUGUCAAUAGUGAUGAUACUCAACAAGCUAAAAAAGAUGAAGGCCAAACAUCAAAUGAAGUAACUCAAGACGCAACAGCGGCUGAGAUCAAUACCAAUACUGAUUCAUCAAAAGACGCUGUUGUUGCAGCUAUUAAUACUUUGACAUUGUCUUCGUCAGCUGUGAACGAGGCAAUCGCAUCUACUAGCCAAAAUACAUCAUUGUUGCAAAACGAUGCAUCCACUUCGAAUAGAUCUUAUGCAUCAGCAGCUCAAAAUGGUUUCGAAGAAAAUGACACAAAUCGUGCAUCGCUUCCAUUGUGUACGUUUUUUCAAUCUCAUGGAUUCUGUGUCUAUCAGAAUUGUCGAUCAAUUCAUGGCGAAUUAUGUGAUCUGUGUGGAUUUUAUUCCUUACAUCCAUAUAAUAAACAACAAAGUGAUCUCCAUCGAUCGGAAUGUAUCAAAGAACAUGAAGAAUCAAUGGAACUAUCGUUUGCUUAUGCACGAAGUAAAGAACUAACCUGUGCCAUUUGUUUGGAUGUUGUUGUGGAAAAAGAACCACGUGCACAACGACGAUUUGGCAUUCUUGAAAAUUGUUCUCAUGUUUAUUGUAUUGAAUGUAUUAGGAAAUGGCGUAACGCACAGGAUAUGGACAAGAAAAAUAAACGAAAUUGUCCACAAUGUCGAGUCAAAUCGGAUUUUAUCAUACCGAGUCAAUAUUUUUAUGAUGACCAAACACAAAAGGCAAAAUUGAUUGAAGACUAUAAAAAAGCUUUAGGAUCCAAACAUUGUAAAUAUUUCAGACGUGGUCGUGGAAAUUGCCCAUUUGAAGGUGCCUGUUUUUAUAAACAUCAAUAUGAAGAUGGUCGUAUGGCCGUAUUACCAAAGCCAUCGAAAAAUCGACAUCGUAUAGAUCGAGUUGAUUUUUUGCCAUUUAUUUUUCUUGACGACGCAUUUCCUGAAUUUGAUGAUGAUUAUUUAUCAGCAUCGGAUAUUGAUUUUCUCGAUUAUGAUGACGACGACGAUGAUGAUGAUUGGCAAUAUCAUUUGUAAUUAUCCGAGAACAAAUGCGGUUAACCAUCAAAUGGAUUCUCAUCAUAAAUGAUAAUUUCUUUCAUCAAUACCUCUAGCCAAUUUUAGGGUGGAAUGUGUUCGUCAGAAUUAUACUAGAGAUAAUCUUAAUAUUUAUCCUCAUUAAAAAAAAAUCAAUCAAAAAACAAAAAAACAAAGCGCAUUCGUCUAAAUCAUAAUCAUUUUCAUUUCAUUUUUGUGUUGUUUCAUUUCACGAUUCAAUUUCAUUCCUAAAUUAAGCAAUAUUGUGAUAGUGAAUCUUGUAGACGAGCGCUCAUUCAUUCACACUUACAUACAUACAUACAUACAUACUCUUCUAUUCACACGCAAUUAGACCACCUCAAAAAGAAAUUUAUCCGUAAAAUUUUUUUUGUGAUAUCUCUUAAUUUCA